AUGCCUGUGCCCACCAGACCUCGGUCGCCCUCUCCCUCUCCUCAACACAAGAAGCUCAAGUUCACUCCUGUAGCACUAUACGGUAUCCUCCCACUAGGCAACUACCUCGGUCGUCCCUCUCUUCCCUGCUCACUCGGCACACUCCGUCGUCUACCAGACGAGCUCAUCCUCUACCUCUUCUCCCUCUUCUCACCGUCCGACUUGCUCUCUCUUUCCGCCGUAUCAAAGGCAUGUUUCGCCUUCGCACUACAUGAGCCUCUCUGGAAGGAACACUACGUCUCUCUCUCGGAGGGGAAACUCGGGCGCUGGCAGGGCACUUGGCGGAAAACGUUCUUAACGCGCUUGGGGCAUGCACCUGACCUUCCCAUCUGGCCAACAGACGGCAUAAGCUGCAGAGGGAUCUUCUCCGACGUCCUCUACCAGCCUCAGUUAUGCGCUUCUCUCCCGUUGCACCACUACUUCCCCAGCAAGAAACAGAACAUCCCUCGCAGACCUUACACCUCCCUCUCACCCGCAGAGUUCGCAGCGCACUACGCCGCACCAGGGGAACCCGUGAUCCUCACCGGCGCCCUAGAGACCUGGGCCGCAUACACCCACCCUUCCCACAAAUGGUCCCUCUCUUCCCUGGCAAACCGGUUCCCCUCUGUAAGGCUGCAGGCCGAAGCCCUCUCAUGCACGUUCGCGGAAUACGAGCGAUACGCCUCCAACUGCGCGGGGGAGGACACCCCGCUGUACAUGUUCGACUCGGGGUUUGUGGAGAGCGCGUCGGGGAUGGGGGAGGAGUACAAACCGUUCGAGGUGUUUGGAGAGGACUUGUUUGACCUCUUCGGCUCUGAACGGCCGGAUUAUCGCUGGCUUAUCGCCGGUCCAGCCCAUUCAGGCUCCACGUUCCACCUCGAUCCAAACUCCACAAGCGCAUGGAACGCCUCUCUCAAAGGGACAAAAGCGUGGGUCUUCUUCCCUCCCCAAUGCACCCCCCCUGGGGUAUACGUGAGCCCCGACGAAGGGGAGGUGACGGGCCCCGUGGGGGUAGGGGAAUGGGUAGAAGCGUAUUUGAAAGAAGGGUGGAGGAGGUUUGGGCCCCAGGGCAGGGAGGGCGCGGGGCUGAUGCGUAUAGGCCUGCAGAGAGAGGGGGAUGUGGUAUACGUACCAAGCGGCUGGUGGCACCUGGUCGUCAACCUCACCCCGUGCAUUGCCGUUACACAAAACUUCGUAUCCCAGCACGAGCUGCACAAGGUCCUAAAGUUCAUGAGGGACAAGCCGGGCCAAGUGUCGGGGUUCAAGGACCCAAAGAGAAGAGACGAGUGCUGCGAGGGGGAGGAGGAUGAGAGUGGGGACGCGUACCGCGCGGGGUUGUAUGGGAGGUUUGUAAACCUGCUUGAGGAGAACGAGCCGGGUUUGCUGAGGGAAGCGUUGGCCAAACUGGGCCCGGUUCCUGUUGGUAGGGAAGGGGAAGGGGAAGGCAGCAAGGUGAGGGAGAGGAAGGAAAGGGUCGUGCAGAAGGAGAAGGAGAAAGAGCAGGGGAGUUUUAGGUUCGAUUUCGAGCUGGACUUUGAGCUGGAAGAGGAGGAAGUUGGCUACCAGUGACUGGGCUUGGUCGUUUGCUGGUUCGAUUGGGAGCCCCUACUCAGUUCUGUAUAUCAUAUACUCUCAUCUGAUAUCAGUC